AUGCAUCGACUGGGGGGCGCUGGAAUUGGCGCCUUUGGCCGUCAAAGCCAAUCGUUGGCAUCAUUCGCCGCUCUAUCCACUUCACUGAAAGACUCGGAAAUCGCAAACCUUCGAGCACAAAUGAACGCCUUUCGAACAGCCCUCACCCGUUUCGCUGCCCAACAUCGAGCUCAAAUAAGAGCAGACCCAGCUUUUCGCACUGCUUUCACUAGUAUGUGCGCUUCUCUGGGAGUCGAUCCACUUGCUGGUCCUCGCGAGGGCGGAUUAUGGGCCGAGUUACUAGGAUUAGGAGAUUUCAGCUUCGAGUUGGGAGUUCAGAUCGUGGAUGUGUGUGUAGAAGCGAGGGACAAGACGGGUGGACUGGUUGAUAUGCAACAUCUAUUACGACAGAUCGAAAAGAUGCGUGCUCUCAAGGACGGCGCGAUCACGGAAGACGAUGUGGCGCGGAGUAUAAAUGCCCUCAAACCGUUAGGGGCGGGAUACGAAAUCGUGACCGUUGGAGGGCGCAAGAUGGUUCGCUCGGUCCCAAGGGAGCUUGAUACAGAUCAGACAGAAGUCCUGGCGUUGGCAUUACGAUCGGGUGGUAGGGUCGAUGCACGAAGUAUUAUGAAUGCAUUGGGGUGGUCUCUCGAGCGAUCAGAAACGGCAUUGGAUAACAUGCUUAUGCGGGACGGUACUUGCUGGCUCGACGACCAGGAUCCAACAGGGAAGAUUUAUUGGGUAUUCUCGGCGUUCACAUUUGAAGACAUUGUACAAUAG